CCCCCCUCAGCUCGCCAGCCAAAGGGCCCAGCAGUGGGGCCAGCGAAGCCCAUCUCCGCAGGGCCGGGCAGGAAGUGGGGCGGGGUUUGGGGCUCAGCCGAGGUGGGAUCUGGUACCCCAGGACUGCUGCAACCCAGACUAACCAAACCCACUGGGAGAAGAUGCCUGGGGGUCCCCAAGCCCUGCAAAGCCCGCCUGCCACCAUCUUUCUCCUCCUGAUCUCCACUGCUGGCCUGGGCCCCGGGUGCCGGGCCCUGUGGGUGGAGCCGGGCCCACCCUCGGUGACGGUGAGCGUGGGGGAGCAGGUGCGCCUCCAGUGCCCACACAACGGCAGCAGCAACACCAACGUCACGUGGUGGCACGUCCUCCAAGUCAACUCCUCGUGGCCCCCUGUGAUGUAUCCCGGGGCCCUGGGUCCCAAAGGGGAGCUGAUCAUCCAGCAAGUGAACAAGAGUCACCGGGGCAUGUAUCGGUGCCAAGUCAGCGAGGGCAAGAAGAUGCAGCGCUCCUGCGGCACGUACCUCCGCGUGCGAGAGCCGCUCCCCAGGCCCUUCCUGGACAUGGGGGAGGGUACGAAGAACAACAUCAUCACCGCCGAGGGCAUCAUCCUCCUCGUCUGCGCCGUGGUGCCUGGGACGCUGCUGCUCUUCCGGAAACGAUGGCAGAACAUGAAAUUCGGGGCUGAUAUCCAGGAUGACUACGAAGAUGAAAAUCUUUAUGAGGGCCUGAACCUGGAUGACUGUUCCAUGUAUGAAGACAUCUCCCGGGGCCUCCAGGGCACCUACCAGGAUGUGGGCAGCCUCCACAUCGGAGACGUUCAGCUGGAGAAACCGUGACCCCGCCGGGCUGACCCGCCAUGCACCCAGCCCGCGUCUCACCCUACUUCCCCCCAAACCCGCUCUCUUUUCACAAUCUUUCCUGGGAGUGUCCUGACUCAACUUCCCCCUUGGGACUGUCCACUCUUCUUCCCUCUAGGCCAUCCUCGUCCUCAUCCCCUCCACACACUCUAACUCAAUCCUCCCCCUACUGCCUUCCCCAGCUUCCCCCACCCACCACCCAGCGGGUAACGAGCCCUUAAUCACUGCCUCUAGGGGAGCUGACUGUAGCAGCCUCGUUAGUGUCACCUCCCCGCUGCCUGCUCUGUCGUGGCCACUUAGUGAUAAUAAAUCCUUCCCAACUGCA